UUGAUGGAAAACUACACCUACAACAGCUUCAUUCUCCAGCUGGAUGGAUUAAAUGUCUCAAAGGAGUCUAUUUACCCAGUCUUUCUCUUCUUCUUUUUCUCCUAUCUGUUUAUAAUGCUUGCAAAUGUUGGUAUUGCUGUUCUGGUUUUCACUGACAAGAGCCUUCAUCAGCCUAUGUAUCUCCUUUUUUGCAACUUGCCAUUUAAUGACAUACUUGGAAACUCUAUCAUGGUGCCACGUUUGCUCAUAGAUAUUUUGCGUCCUCCCUCUGAACGCCUCAUCAGUUAUUAUGAAUGUGUGGUUCAAGCUUUCGCCUCACACAUGUUUGGUACUGCCAGUCACACAGUGCUCAUGAUUAUGGCCUUUGACAGAUAUGUGGCCAUCUGCAAUCCCCUGCGUUAUUCUGCCAUAAUGACCAACAACAUGCUGAUCAAGCUGACAGUUUCUGCCUGGGGAGUGGCCUUUGUUUUGGUCGGGAUUCUGCUCGGUCUGACCAUUAGACUGAACCGAUGCAGGACUCAAAUCUCAAGCCCCUACUGUGAUAAUGCCUCACUGUUUAAACUCUCCUGUGAGAGUGUUUUUAUUAAUAACAUUUAUGGUCUCACUUUCACUGUGGUCCUGCUCACCUCCUCUAUAGGCAGCAUUGUUCUCACCUAUACUAAGAUUACAGUAGUCUGUCUGACCAGUAAGAACAAGUCUCUGAACAGUAAAGCCUUAAAGACCUGUAGCACUCAUCUGGUUGUGUAUCUGAUCAUGUUUCUCAGUGGAAUGUCUAUCAUUAUUCUGCAUCGUUUCCCUCAGUACUCAGACUAUAGGAAACUCUCUAGCAUUUUGUUUCAUAUUGUUCCUGGCAGCCUCAAUCCCAUUAUUUAUGGUGUGCAGUCCAAAGAGAUCCGAAAAUUUUUGUCAAAGUUGUUCAAACCACAUAAAGUUUUGCCAUCCAUAUAAAAAGUCAAGUCAGUUUUAUUUAUAUAGCACCAAUGCACAACAGAAGUUAUCUUGAAGCACUGUACAUCUAGACCGUAUUCUAAAAAGAAUUUCCAAGUUACUUAAAAAAAAAUUAAUCAACACAAAUAACAUAAAAUGCAAACUAAGAG